UGCACCCACUUUAAUUAUUCCGAUAAGAAACUUGUACGAAAAACUAAGUAAAAUAAACUAACUAGUGGGAAUAACUAGACCCAUUGCAUACAAGCGACAGUCUCCAAUACAGUUGGCGUCCAAGUAACUGCAGAUCUCAGCGAGAUACGAGCUUAGCAGCCACAAUGAGUUACGACGACGACGACUACCCAGCAGACACAUUCCCGAAAGAUUUCGGAUAUGGCACCUACAACCAGGAUGGCCUGGAAAUGGAGCCCAAUUCGACGGGCAGCAGCGAGACGAAACCGCGCAUUUUACUCAUGGGACUGCGCAGAUCGGGCAAGAGUUCAAUUCAGAAGGUGGUCUUCCACAAAAUGUCUCCCAAUGAGACGCUCUUCCUUGAAUCGACGAGCAAAAUCGUCAAGGACGACAUCAACAAUUCCAGCUUUGUGCAGUUUCAAAUAUGGGACUUUCCUGGCCAAAUCGAUUUCAUAGAGCCCACCUUCGACUCGGACAUGAUCUUUGGUGGCUGCGGCGCCCUGGUGUUUGUCAUUGAUGCCAAGGACGACUACAACGAGGCCCUGACCAAGUUCAAAAACACAGUGAUAAAGGCCUACAAAGUGAACCAGCGAAUCAAGUUUGAGGUUUUCAUACACAAAGUUGACGGAAUAAGCGAUGAUUCAAAAAUGGAAUCGCAACGUGAUAUACAUCAGCGGUCAUCGGACGACCUAAGCGAGGCGGGUCUCAAUCAGAUCCAUCUGAGCUUUCAUCUAACCUCCAUAUACGAUCACUCGAUCUUCGAGGCGUUCUCCAAGGUGGUGCAGAAACUGAUUCCCCAGCUGCCGACGCUGGAGAACCUUCUCAACAUCUUUAUACCGAACUCUGGCAUAGAGAAAGCCUUUCUCUUUGAUGUUGUUUCCAAAAUUUAUAUUGCAACGGACUCUUCCCCGGUGGAUAUGCAAACCUAUGAACUGUGCUGCGAUAUGAUUGAUGUGGUGAUCGAUCUGUCCAGCAUAUAUAGCUCAGAGGAGACCGCCUUCGACAGCGGCAGCUCUAGUCUGAUCAAGCUGAACAACAACACGAUACUCUAUCUGCGGGAGGUGAACAAGUUCCUGGCCCUGGUCUGCAUUCUGCGUGAGGAGAACUUCAACCGGCAGGGCGUCAUUGAUUACAACUUUAUCUGCUUUCGCGAUGCCAUCAGCGAGGUAUUCGAGCUGCGUCUGCGGCAAAAGCAGCUGGAGAACAAUGAGGACGAGGAUCUGGCCGACGAGCACACACUCAUUCGUCAUGGCAAUGACGCAGCUGUGGUCACCUGAAGGAAGGAAGUCGCUCUCUCCAUUUUACGCUUGCUCCCACGAUGAAUCCAGAACCAAUUUCUUAACAUUUAUAUUCUGUGGACACUUUGAAUCCAACUUCUUUUAUGUUUCUUUUCCGUUAUAUCUAGUGUUUCCCUUGUUUAUUGAUAUGUUUAGUCUCUUAUAGCACUUCAAAUCAGCGUAAGCCCAGCAGUUGAAAUUGAUAAUAUUACUAAUAAAUAAUAUGUAUAUUUUUAAAAG